AUACUUCGAGGGUGUGUAGCCGACUUUUAUUGUGUAAAAAGGAAGCUGUGUUUGGGCGGUCACCGUAAAAAAUUUCCUGGACGUUAGUUGCUCUUUUUUCCUCUCUGUUUAUAGUCCGCUGCCGUUUGCAGUCUACGGUUACACUUAAACAACUUUGAUAGCCGAGUGAAACAAUGCAGACGAUUAAAUGUGUAGUAGUUGGUGAUGGUGCUGUGGGUAAAACCUGCCUCUUGAUUUCAUACACCACAAACAAGUUCCCUUCGGAGUACGUACCCACAGUCUUUGAUAACUAUGCUGUAACUGUAAUGAUCGGCGGGGAACCUUACACUCUCGGAUUAUUUGACACCGCAGGUCAGGAAGAUUAUGAUCGGUUGCGACCCCUGAGCUAUCCCCAAACUGAUGUCUUCUUAGUUUGUUUCUCUGUAGUUUCACCAUCAUCUUUUGAAAAUGUCAAGGAAAAAUGGGUUCCUGAGAUUACCCAUCACUGUCCAAAGACCCCAUUCCUGCUGGUCGGGACUCAGAUUGACUUACGAGACGAUCCCUCAACCAUUGAGAAGCUUGCCAAGAACAAGCAGAAACCUAUUACUCCAGAGACAGCUGAGAAACUCGCCAGGGAUUUAAAAGCAGUGAAAUAUGUGGAAUGUUCAGCUUUAACACAAAAAGGGCUAAAGAAUGUGUUCGAUGAGGCCAUACUCGCUGCGCUGGAGCCCCCAGAGCCCAAGAAGAAGCCCAAAUGUCUUCUUUUAUGAGUUCAACCUUGCCAUAGGUCCUUUCAGGCAGAAUCCAUCUAUGACUUCUCCAUCUACACUUGAAUCAGUUCAGGAAAGGACUAAUUAUAGCAACCGUUAUGCUUAAUUUAUUUUUUUCUUAUUUUGCCUUGAAUUAUUAUGUCACCAGAACUAAGCAAAACAAAUAGAAUAAGCAUAAGGUAAGAGUAAGAAAAAAAAUGUCUCAAAGGUUAUCUUAAUUUGUAUUAUAUUUCAUAAGAAUCUUCUUCUCAGAAAGACCUAAAGGCUAAAGAAGACUUUUAAAUUCGGUUAUUUAUUCAUACUCAAUAUUGUGACAAUAUUACUGUUUAGUAUCAGUGAACUAGAUAAAACACAAAUAAGAGCAUCUUCUAAGUCAGCUGUUGAAAUGGUGUUAUUUUGUACAAAUGAAUAAGUCUUUUAGACUUUCUUAGGUCUCCAGAAAACCUGGACAGUGUUAUUGUAUAUGAUUAGAUUUAGAGGCAGAGCCGAACUCUCGGAGCAUCCUGAACUGUCGGCUGUGCUGCAGCUCUAAACUGCCUGAUCCUUAAAGUGGCUCGAUAAGUUAGGAAUACAAGCAACUGGUGAACCAAAGCUCAUUCUGUUUCUAAAAUGCAUUCACUUUCAAUCGCGGUUAAAUAAUCAAGCCACUGAUACCGUUUGAUUUGCUUUUUUCAUCAGAGUCUUGAUGAAAUUCGUUCAAAAAAAUGUAAAUAACCUGACAGUCACGUGAUAUGCAACGCAAAAACUUCAUUCCAAAAACAUUUCCAUACCAACGUGAGUGUGACGCUGGCAGAUGAUACCUUUCACGUUGUAUAUUUAUUUUAAUCAGUCCAGAAUUUAAUCUGAUAUAAGCACCCAAAAAUUAUCCCAGAUACCUAAAUUUUAAGUGUUUUUCCAUCACUUGACAAAAAAAGAGAGUUUAUCAUAAUUGUGUGUGAAGUUGGUCUAUUGCCAUUUAGAUACACUCUAGGUUUGUUUUUUGUUUUGUGUUUUUUUUUAAAUAUUUUUAUAUGGAAUGUUUUCGUUAAGGAAAUUAUCAUGUGAAUAUUACCUCAAAAUAAACAUUUCCAAUGUUUAACACAAA